UAAGAGGCGAGUCGGCCAGGGGGCGACUUGACCUGCAAUCCUUGAUCGAGCCGUCUUGGAUCGACGAUUAAAUUUGAAACAGGGCGAACUGUUCGCGGGUUCUGUCCCCAUUUUAGCCUGGGCCUAAGUUGUAUUUAAGUCGUCCUUCAUAUUGUUUCUUCAGCAAGUAGGCCUGUUUCUUCAGCAGAUAUCGUCAUGGCUUAUUCUGCGCGACUGUCACUGUCGUUACAAAUGCAGUUUGCCUUUGCAACGAGGCUUCAAGCCAGAAUGCUUCAAACUACAACCAAUGCAUGCCAACGGGCAAAGGUUGCUAUUAGUCGGUUUGAUGAAGACAAAUUUAUCAACUAUGAUGUAAUGGACAGCAAAUUGAAGAUUGUGAAAGACCGUCUCAGGCGUCCUUUGACACUGUCUGAGAAGAUUGUUUACAGUCAUCUUGAAGAUCCAGAAACACAGGACAUCGAGCGUGGUGAAAGUUACCUGAAAUUAAGACCAGACCGUGUUGCCAUGCAAGAUGCUACAGCACAGAUGGCUAUGCUACAGUUCAUGUCUAGUGGUUUGCCUCAGACUGCAGUGCCGUCUACCAUUCACUGUGAUCACUUGAUUGAAGCUCAGUUGGGAGGUGAUAAAGAUCUUGCAAGGGCAAAGGAUCUCAACAAGGAAGUGUACAACUUUCUGUCUACUGCUGGCUCCAAGUAUGGGGUUGGGUUUUGGAAACCUGGCAGUGGAAUCAUUCAUCAGAUUAUCUUGGAGAAUUACGCCUUUCCUGGUGUGUUACUGAUUGGCACUGAUAGUCACACUCCCAAUGGAGGUGGGUUAGGUGGUGUUUGUAUCGGUGUAGGAGGUGCAGAUGCUGUAGAUGUCAUGGCAAAUAUUCCUUGGGAAUUGAAGUGCCCAAAAGUAAGUCGUAGAAACUUUUCCCUUUAAUAUAGUUUCUACUAG